CAACGGUUCGUUUCACGAUGCACCCUGGUCGUUUUCGCACGCAUCGAUCGACCAAACGAGGCCGUCUACGCAAACAGCUUCGUCGGCCAGUCAUUGAUGAGCAGGCUACUGUUUAUCGAACGCCUCCAUCGAUAUUCUAGCUCACCGGCUUCUGUAACUUGGAGAGAGCGGUGUCAGUAUUCAUUCUGCUGCUUUUGAGACAUGUCUUGGAACUAUGCAGGUGAGCGAUCGAUAUUCUCCAUAUGCAUCAGUCACCGGUUGGAAUGCUGCAGUUCCCGAAGGUAUCAACACAAACACGUACAAUUCACCAUUUCUUUGUCCAGCAAACAACACUUGGUUUCCCGACGAUAAACGAGGUUCUAGUUCGCGGCAAACUAUACGGCAAUCAAACGUCCAGCACCGUCCGUGCAACACCAACCCCACGAUGGGGACUGUGCUUGGCUGCCGGAGAGGCUGCUUGUGCAACCAUGAGGCUGGAGUGACACAAGACAUUGUUGAUCUCGGAAUACCUCCUCGAGACACCGAGGCCUGGAAUUCGGAGCCGUUCACCGCUGUGCGCCAUAUCUUGCAUGGACGAUUCGUAGUUGUUUGGCGUUUCGACAGUGCAUGUGCGGUGCCCUCUGAGCUUACCUUUCUCCUAGUAGAUUCUACCAUGCCGCCUCACCCUACUCAGAGUCAGUUUAAUUUCUUGCUCGGAUUAUCUAAUGUAGUCUAGUUUGUGAAGUUGCACCUUGAGAGAACAUGCAUGUUGAUAU